UGGAGCCACUACUGUCCUGUUUUUCUAAGUAGAAUGUCCGCUCUUGUUCGGAGGGUCAUAAGAACUGCAAAAGCUCCUAGUGCCAUUGGCCCCUACAGUCAAGCGGUAGCCAUCAAUGAUACUCUCUAUGUGUCCGGACAGCUAGGCCUUCUCCCUGAGUCUAUGACAUUUGCUGGCGAUGAUGUGGAAGCGCAAACAAACCAGGCUCUAAAAAACAUAAGUGCCAUUUUAGAUGCAGCUCAGUUAACGAUGAAAAAUGUCGUGAAAACAACUGUGUUGUUAUCGGAUAUGAACGAUUUCGCGAAAGUCAAUAAGAUAUACGGUGAAUAUUUUUCAGAGCCGUUUCCAGCAAGAGCAGCAUUCCAAGUUGCAUGUCUUCCAAAGGUGAGAAAACCUGAAAUAAUUUUAAUACACGGUAGAAUGCCAAGGUGGAAAUCGAGGCCAUUGCUACGUUCGACACAGUUAUUGAAAAAUAACACGGAUUAG